AUGUGGGAGAGAAUGCAGGAAAUGGGUACAAUGGACGAAACUUGCAAAGAUAAAGGACGUCGCUACAUCUUGGAUGACUUUCUCGGAGACCACACUGCCACGGCGUAUGAGGCAGUUCACAAUGCCCUCAACCCAGCAUCAAAAGUUCCAGGCGACUACUCCGAAUCAGCAGAUGGUCUCACUAUCGUUUGUGGCGACAGCCAUUUGAAUUUUAUCUCUCAAGGUGUGUACCGAGACCAAGAUAGAGGGCAUGCAGAUGUGCGAUACGACCCUGCACCGGGACCAAAGCAAAGACCCUGCGACGUUGUUCAGGCUACUGCGUACAAAGCCAACGGCAAGGAUGUUAUUAUGCUCUGUGACAAGGAUAACAUUGGUGUCAACCAGCCGCCAACUUUCAGUCAAUUGAACAAGGGAAAUGUUCAUGAGCAGGGUGUGGAUAUUCUGUCCAGGACGAUCAGCUCUACAUUCACGCACGAGCUCAUUCAUACAGGCAGUUUCGAUCAAUUCCCAAGAUCUCUGAGCGAUGGGGUCAGCGAGCAGUACGAGUAUGUUGGGUGUAAAGGCCUGGCAAGCUCAGACUUGAAAUGGAAGAACUGUGAUACAUUUGCUAUCAUUGCACGAGGUGAGUUGAUCCUGGGCUGCGAUUCGCUGUCGAUUUGA